UGAUUGUUGAUAUUCACUUAUAUUACUGUACAAAGAUAUAGUUAUCCAAAUACACAAUGAAAUUACUGACGAGUCAAUCAGUGCCCCAAUGGUUAGUCCACAAUCAAUAUAUUAUAACCGCCUAUCGGCCGCCUAACCCAUCGUUUCGGUACUGUUUGGUCACAGCUUUCCGAAUGCAUAACGAAACGGGAAAUAUAUUAACACAUUUGCUGGCAUUUCUCAUGUUUGGCAUACUAUACAUCUAUACUUUACAGUGUCGUAAAUAUAAAAAUUUUCAAACAAUUGAUGAGCUCAUGUUUGGCCAAUAUUUUAUGGCCACAUUUGCAUGCUUUACAAUGUCGACACUGUUUCAUAUAUUUCAGUGCCACUCCCCUAAAGCUUUUAAGCUGUUUGCAAAAUUAGACUAUUGCGGUAUAACUAUACUAAUAACAUCAUCAAACAUUGCAUGGAUUUAUUAUGGCUUUUAUGAGUCGUUAAUACAUAAAUUUAUUUACACAUUCAUAACACUAUUGUUGUGUAUAAUCGGUAUCACCUUCUCAUUGAUGGACAGUUUCUCUAAUGGCGAACUUCAAGUGCUUAGAGGAGCUGUUUUUAUAAUGAAAGGACUGUUUGGUAUUGUACCAUUUGUCCAUUUUUGUCACAAUUUGAGAGUCGACACCGACAGUACCAUUAGUUCACAGAUAAUCUUCAAAGCACUGCUAUUGCUUCCAGUGAUGGCUGUCUUGUAUAUAACUGGUGCCAUACUCUAUAUGGCAAAAAUACCGGAGCGCUACGCACCCGGUGUUUUUGAUCUCUGGUUUCAUUCGCAUCAAUUAUUUCACGUAUGCACUAUAGCUGCUGGACUCAUAUAUUUUUAUAGUCUGUCCACUAUAGCCAAUGCUAGACUUAAUUAUAAUAUCCGUAAUGUAAUA